UGGUACAAGGGGAGGAGGUGGAGGAGGAGGUGGAGGCGAUGGUAACAUAUAGGCUUGAUUAUUAUGCAGUCAGCGAGACUUGGUAAUAGAGCUAUCAGAGAGAGACGGAGAAAGGAAAGAGAGUGAGGGAGGGAGAGACAGAAGGGCUUCUUUCAAGCACGGAUCGUUGAAUCUCUUCCUUGUCUCUCUCCCGUCUUCCUUCUCCGCCUCAGCUCAGAUUGGAGGUGACAGGUGAUCGGCUGGUCUGUCCGUCUGUCUUGCCCGCUCGUCCGUCGGACUUCCAGCGGCGGAUGCUCUUGGACAGGCUUCUCCCAACCGCGGUGAGCCUGGACGGAUAAACUCACCAUGGCGCUGGAACCGGAGGGGGACGGCAAGCUGCGUCUGCAAGACGUGCUGGCGAGACCGGGAAACGAAGCGUGUGCGGACUGCGGCAAUCCAGAGCCUGACUGGGCGUCGCUGACCUUGGGCGUGUUCGUUUGCCAGGCCUGUUCGCUCCUUCAUCGGAGCAUCCCCCACAUCAGCAGGGUCAAGUCCGUCCAGGACACAUGGGAUUCCAGCGAAGUGGAGCUGAUGGCUGCGAUGGGAAACAAUGCAGCGAAGGCCAAAUACGAGCAGAAGGUUCCUGCUUUCUACUACAGACCAACGCACACCGACUGCAAGCUACUGAGAGAGCAGUGGAUCAGAGCCAAGUACGAAAGGAACGAGUUUGAGUUUAUCGAGAAGCAGGAGCCUUACUCUGCAGGGUACCGAGAGGGGUUUCUAUGGAAACGAGGACGAGACAACGGUCAGUUCCUCAGCCGAAAGUUUGUCCUGUCAGAGAGGGAGGGAGCGCUGAAAUACUUCAACAAGCAAGACGCCAGGGAUCCCAAGGCAACAAUGAAAAUCGAAACCCUCAACGCCACCUUCCAGCCGGCAAAGAUUGGCAACCCCUGCGGCCUGCAGAUUACCUACCUGAAAGACAACAGCACAAGGAACAUCUUCGUUUACCACAGUGAUGCUAAGGAGAUGGUCGACUGGUUCAAUGCUAUCAGGGCGGCCAGGUUCCACUACCUGCAGGUGGCCUUCCCCGGAGCGAGCGACGACGAGCUGGUACCAAAGCUGACCCGAAACUUUAUGAAGGAAGGAUUCAUGGAGAAAACAGGUCCAAAGCACACAGAGGGCUUCAAGAAGAGGUGGUUUACUAUGGACGACAGGCGACUCAUGUAUUUCAAAGACCCUCUGGACGCUUACGCCCGAGGGGAGGUGUUCAUCGGCAGCAAGGAGAACAGCUACACGGUCCUGGCCGGCCUGCCCCCGUCCACGCAGGGCUACCACUGGAACCACGGCAUCACCAUCGUCACGCCCGACAGGAAGUUCCUCUUCGCCUGCGAGACCGAGGCCGAACAGCGGGACUGGAUAGCUGCUUUCCAGAGGGUCAUCAAUCGACCGAUGAGGCCUCAGGAGUACGCAGUGGAGGCCCAUUUCAAACACAAGCCUUGAAGCCGCGGGAAGCCAAAACCGAAGUGGACCGGCCCAGUCUCGUUCAGAUGUAGAGGGAGACUGUGGAGGGAGGUGGUGGCAUGGAUGUAGGUAGGGGGAGGGUCAUGAGGGGGGUUUGUGGAUGGGCUGAGAUAGAAAAAAAAUAUAUAUGAUGAAGAAAAGAUAAUAACAGAGGGACUCCAGUCUAACUAUGUGUAGAAAACCUAAAACUCUAAUGGGAUUUGAAGCCCCGUGUGGGACGAGCCGAGGCUGAAGGGGUAGAUGAUGUCAUCACUAGUGCGCCUACCAACCUCAUGCUGUACAUUAUCAUCCGAUACACUCCUCCUUUCCUUAACCAUGCGGACCCUCCCUCUGCAGCAAUUUCCCCUCCCCAGGAUUUCGUCUUGUGAAUGGUUCAUUCUUCCUGUAAUCUCUUGUAAUUAUGUAAUCUAGGGCCAUGUCACUGCUGAACGAAGACAAUGCAUUGUUAAUUUAUUGAAUGUACAGUUUUGAUGACAGUGGCUUACCGUGUGCGUGUGUGGAUUUGUGACGUUUUCAUUGAGGACACUGGGAGGUUGAACCUCUGGCGCUGAGACCCUGCUAAACCUGAAUCUACAAAGUGCAGUUAACAACAAAUAUGCAUAAAAACACACACACAAACUCUCAGUGAACACCACCGCUGUUAACGUAGCCUGACCGGCAUCCAGGCAGGGUUCUUUUACAACCUCAAUCUGACAACUGUUCUCUUUAUUUAUUUGUACUGGUGAACACACCGAGUCAUUGUAGACAGCCAUUGCUGCUUUCGAGGAUUGUAUCGUGACGGGAUUGUAAUUUAUUUAACACUUCUGCAGCUCAUUGAUUUACUUCUUGUGUUGAAGACACGUCGUUGGGUUGAACCUUAAAUCACAAGUGGUAGUUUGUUUCAUUAUAAAUCAUCAAUACAGAUGAACCUGAAACCAA